GAGGAGUCGACAUGGAGGAAAAGGAGCUGUUUGUGUGACCCUACGGAGAGACUCCUGACCCCCGUGGAAGAAUGAUAACUUAACCAGCACUUUGGGAGCCGUUUUUUUUUUUUUUUUAAUGUAUGUAUGUGUGUGUGAAGUAAACUGUAGGAAAGUUUGAAGCUGGGGGGCUGGCUAUGGCGCGGCACAGCGAGGAGGACGCCGGGGUGGCCAAAGCUCCGCCAGCCGCUCGGCAAAGAAAGAAGAAACCCAAAGAGAACAAAACCAGGACUGUCCACGCAAACAUCCUGCACGACUGCGCCAAAGGGGCGGAAAACCCCAACCGACACUAUGCAAACAACAAGAUUAAGACGACCAAGUACACCGUGCUGUCAUUCCUGCCAAAGAACCUCUUCGAGCAGUUCCACAGGUUCGCCAAUGUUUACUUCGUCUUCAUCGCUCUGCUCAACUUCGUUCCGGUUGUCAACGCGUUCCAGCCCGAGCUCGCUCUGGCUCCCGUGGUCUUCAUCCUGUCCGUCACCGCCAUCAAAGACCUGUGGGAAGACUACCGAAGACACAGGUCGGAUAAAGAGAUCAACCACAUGGACUGCCUGGUCUACAGCAGAGCAGAGAGACGCUAUGUGGAGAAAUACUGGAAGGAGGUGCGGGUGGGAGACUUCAUCAGGCUACGAUGCAACGAGAUCCUCCCUGCCGACGUGCUGCUGCUGAGCUCCAGUGACCCCGACCGCCUGUGCCACAUCGAGACCGCCACACUGGACGGAGAGACCAACCUCAAGCAGAGGCAGGUGGUCCGCAGCUUCUAUGACCUGGACUGCGAGUUUGACCCCUUAAAGUACAACAGCAUCAUCGAAUGUGAAAAGCCCAACAACGACCUGAACAGAUUCAGAGGCUACAUAAUCCAUCGAAGCGGCAGAAGAGAUGCACUUUACAAAGAUAACCUGCUGCUGCGAGGCUGCACCAUCCGCAACACAGAGGAGGCCGUGGGAAUAGUCAUUUAUGCAGGUCACGAGACCAAAGCCAUGCUGAACAACAACGGUCCACGUUACAAGCGCAGUAAACUGGAGCGACAGAUGAAUGUAGACGUGUUCUGGUGUGUCGUCAUCCUGCUGGUCAUGUGCCUGUUUGCUGCUGUUGGUCACGGGCUGUGGAUGUUUCAGUAUGGAGAUAACAGACCUGUGUUUGAUGUUCUUAGUCCAGAGGGGACCAACUUGUCGCCCAUCAUGUCAGCCAUUUAUCUCUUCCUCACUAUGAUCAUCGUCUUUCAGGUGCUGAUACCCAUCUCCCUUUUUGUGUCAAUUGAAAUUGUCAAGAUCUGCCAAGUGUACUUCAUCCAUCAGGAUAUGGAUCUAUACGAUGAGGAGACAGACUCUCACCUGCAGUGCAGAGCACUUAAUAUCACCGAGGAUCUGGGCCAGAUGCAAUACAUCUUCUCUGACAAGACAGGCACGCUGACGGAGAACAAGAUGGUGUUCCGGCGCUGCACUGUGGCAGGGGUGGAGUAUUCCCACGAUGCCAACGCUCGAAGACUUGCCAUGUAUCAAGAAAUGGACUCAGAAGAGGAAGAGUGCACGUCUCACGGUGGCACCCUCCCCAGGCGGGACAGCGUGGCCAGCCACCAGAGCGCCCGCGUGGUGCUGCGGUCCCAGAGUACCAAGUCCCACCGCAGGACAGGCAGCAGGGCAGAGGCCAAGAGAGCCAGCAUCCUGUCCAAGCACACAGCCUUCAGCAGCCCCAUGGAGAAAGAUAUCACCCCUGACCCUAAGCUCCUGGACAAAGUCAAUGAAUGCAGCAGUCAGAUGGACUUCAUGCGCUUCCACAGCCAGCCCAUGUCCCAGCUGCCCUCUGACCUCUCAGACAUCAUUGAUUUCUUCAUCGCCCUCACCAUCUGCAACACGGUGGUUGUGUCCUCCCCCAACCAGCCGAGACACAAGGUCAGGAUGAGGUUCGAGCUGAAGUCUCCAGUGAAGACCAUCGAGGACUUCAUCAAACGCUUCACCCCAAGCCGACUCACCUCAGGCUCCAACAGUAGCAGCUCCUCCAGUCUCAUCACCAACCGAUCCUCCAACAAGGGAUGCUCCAGCAUGCUUUCCUCACCCUCGGCAGAGAGCACACUCACAAAGCUGCACGAGGAGCAGUCCUCAGGAGGUUUGGAGCAUGCUUUCAGCCCCGUCCUACCGUGCUAUGACGGAAAGGCCUCUUGGAACCUUGAGGAAGGAGAGCUGCGCUAUGAGGCAGAGUCGCCCGACGAGGCCGCUCUGGUCUACGCCGCCCGGGCCUACAAGUGCUCCCUGGUGGGACGCCUCCCUGACCAGGUGAUUGUGGAGCUCCCUCACCUUGGAAAGCUGAGCUUUGAAUUGCUGCACACACUGGGCUUCGACUCCACCAGGAAGCGCAUGUCUGUGGUGGUUCGACACCCUCUGACCGAUCAGAUCAUCGUCUACACUAAAGGAGCAGACUCUGUAAUCAUGGACCUCAUCAAACCCCUUGACACAGGAAACUCCAAAGGGAAACGCCAGAAAAAGAUUGUCUGCAGGACCCAGAACUACCUGAAUCUGUACGCUGCAGAUGGCCUUCGCACGCUGUGCAUAGCAAAAAAGAUUCUAAGCAAAGAGGAGUACGCCUGCUGGCUGCAGCGGCACUUGGCGGCUGAGACGGCAAUUCAGGGAAGAGAGGAGCUGCUCUUUGAGUCUGCCCUGCGGCUGGAAACAAACCUCCAUCUUCUGGGAGCGACAGGCAUUGAGGAUCGGCUGCAGGACGGCGUGCCUGAAACUAUAGCUUCCCUGCGGGAGGCCGGCCUGCAGAUUUGGGUUCUGACGGGGGACAAACAGGAAACGGCUGUCAACAUCGCGUAUGCGUGCAAGCUUUUGGACCCUGAGGAGGAGAUCCUGACACUAAAUGCUGACUCUCAGGAGGCCUGCGCGCUGCUGCUGGAGGAGAGUUUACACUACAUCCAGGCCAAAUUCCUCUGCAGCUCUUCAGACCCAAACACCAAAACCUUCCACACUAACUUCUCACCCUUUGACAUCUACUCCUCUUCAUCUCCGUCCUCCCCCUCCUCAUCCUCCCAGUCCACUCCCUUCUUGGUGCACCGGCUGGGCCUGGUGAUAGACGGCCGGACCUUGGCCUACGCCCUGGAUAAAAGUUUGGAGGAUAAGUUUCUGGCUGUGGCUCGGAGCUGCCGUGCUGUGCUCUGCUGCCGGUCCACGCCGCUGCAGAAGAGCAUGGUGGUCAAACUGGUGCGGAACAAGCUGAAGGUCAUGACUCUGGCCAUAGGUGAUGGGGCCAAUGACGUCAGCAUGAUCCAGGUCGCAGACGUUGGCGUGGGGAUCUCAGGACAGGAAGGCAUGCAGGCAGUGAUGGCGAGCGAUUUUGCCCUCCCACGUUUCCAGUAUCUCCAGAAGCUCCUGCUGGUACACGGGCACUGGUGCUACUCCCGGCUGGCUAACAUGAUCCUCUAUUUCUUCUACAAGAACGCUAUGUUUGUGGCGCUCAUCUUCUGGUAUCAGUUCUACUGCGGCUUCUCGGGUUCAGCCAUGAUUGACCAGUGGUAUCUCAUCUUCUUUAACCUGAUGUUCUCCGCUUUCCCACAACUCAUCACUGGCACUCUGGACAAGGACGUGUCAGCAGAGACUCUCCAACAGCUACCUCAGCUCUACGUGAACGGCCAGAACUCCGAGGAAUAUAAGCCAUAUAUGUGGAUGAACAUGAUCGACGCCUUCUACCAAAGUCUCGUCUGCUUCUUCAUUCCUUACUUUGCCUACGCCGACUCUGACGUGGAUCUGUUUACAUGGGGAACUCCCAUCACCACCCUCGCCUUAUUCACUAUUCUGCUGCAUUUGGGUACGGAGACCAAAACAUGGACCUGGAUGAACUGGCUGUCAAUCACCUUCAGUAUGGCGUUAUUCUUCACUGUGGCCCUGUGCUACAACGCCUCCUGUCCCACCUGCUACUCCCCCUCCAACCCCUACUGGACCAUGCAGAGGCUGCUGCAGGAGCCCCUCUUCUACCUGCUGUGCUUCAUCACGCCUAUAGCUGCACUGCUGCCUCGAUUUUUCUACAGGGCGUGUCAAGGCACGCUGUUCCCAAGCCCAGUCCAAGUUGGAAGGCAGUUGGAUAAACUCCCCGCUGACACCCGCAGGAACAUCCUCAGCCUGAGCCGGGUCAACGUGGGGUCACCGCUCAGCCCCAAGCUUCCUUUCCUGUCCCUCGCUAAGCCCUCGCCAAAAGGUUGCAAUAAAAAGGACCAGAGGAGCGUCCCUGGCUAUAAACAGGGGCCUCUAUUACAAACAGAUGAAGAAAAGGGCCAGAGAAACCCACUGCAGCCCACAGACAGUGAGCUGCACCUCUCAGAUCUCUAUACAUUGGCUCCUUCAGAACUGGACACCCUUCCCUACACCAGAGAUACCCCCUCCCUCUCAGGGGAGCUGCAGCCUCCUGCCACCAGAGACUCGGAUCGUGUUGAUAAGACUUCAGAGCCGUCAGAUGUGAGUCUGUCCAGCUGGAUUACCUCCACGCCUCUGCCUGCGCAGGCAGACAGCGUGCAGCUGAGCCUGCGCUCCGACGGAGCCUCGCAGUGCGUCAAAUACACGAGAAACUCGGAGGAAAGACUCAAAUCUGAGCGCGCCGUCAGUCCGGCACACAGGACAGAGCAGCCGGCUGAACGGUCGCUGCAUGUCUCCUCAUGAUGUCUUAACUAAAAAUCCACUUGCACAAUAGUUUUUUGUUUUGUUUUUUUUAAAGAUCUAAUUUUAUUUUUCAAGCAGAUUCUUUUAUAAAACACACAAAGAGGUACUUUUAUAUAUUGGAUGUAAAUCUAAAGCAGAGAUAUUUUUGAGGUUUGGGAGAUUUGUUUUUAUUUUUCUGAUACUGGGAAACUUCACAAAGAAGCAUCUCAGUACAGUUUGAAUGAAAGGCAGAGCAGAGCAGAGCACUGCUGGGCUGCUGUCCUGUGAUGGUUCCCAGUUAGUGUUUCAGCUUUGUCUGUAAACACACUAAGGCUGAUCAGAGGUGUCCGUGGCCUCGGAUCAGUGCUGAUGAGGAAAGAAGUUUCUAUACUUUACGUCCCCACAGAAGCAUAUUUCUGUGAGGGUUUCCAUGCAGAUUAUCCCAAAGUUUUAUAUUCACAUGCAGCAAAUAGUGGCAUUGGCUCGGUGCACAUUUUCAUCUUGUUGCUGGAUCAAGUAGCAUUGAAGCCUGUUUAUAGCUGUUCUCUUGUACGGUGAAGUCUUCUGAAUAAUAACUUUACAGCCAACAGCUCUAAUAAUUAUUUAUGCAGUAUGACAUUCACCAAGAAAUCAUAAUUUCUGUCUUUAUGCACUAAGAAUCUACCAGGAAUUAUGCUCUGUGUGUGUGUGUGUGUCUGUGUGUGUGUGUGUGUGUGUCUGUGUGUGUGUGUGUGUAUCCACCAACUCAUCAGCCCUCUUUGAUCAGUCCUUGCCAGCCCCAUAUAAAGUAGAUUUGGGGCAUUUAUUUUGCCAAAAAGUGAGAUUGAUCCAGUUCCUGUAUGUGUCAAAUAUGAAGCUGAAGCUGGAGGCAGAGACCUUGCAGCAUCUCUGAAGCUCAUUAUUUAACAUUUGUUUAAUUUGUUCAAAUUCCAGUCUGGUCCCUGAAGUCACCAGAUGAUGUGUGUCUGUUAAAUUUGUAAGGGUUAGCUGCCACCUGUGCAGGGGUACACCCACCACCCAGCGUCAAGUCAGCCACCGCCCGAGUUAAAACCCUCCUGUGUCUGCACAGAUGUUUACACGUGUCUUCAUCGCCAUCUGUUACUGUUUUACUUGGAAGAGCUUUAAAAACCCUACUGUUCACUCCUCCUCCUGACAUUAGUAACUAGUUGCUGAAAGUAUAAAACAGAACUUAAACCUGCAUUCUUUUAAUGGCCAACAGGGGGCGAUGCCUGUAGUUGUAAAAAGACGUGCUUGUACAGAGGUCUGUGGGAGCACGGCGCUUGGCGUCCUCGCUAAGCAUGAAAUGAGAUGCUGUGGAGGCUGCUUCCAUCUUUGCUAAUGUCUGCAUUUAGCAGCUGAAAGGUCAAACGCUUGACUCACAGUGGACGUACCAGUAAACUUAAUUAGCAAAUUCUUCAGUAAAUCACUGCACCUGGUUAGCUGUAGAGGUGCCUGUUGGUGGAUAUUUUUACCUUCACACAGAAGCUUUAAGAGGACCUGUUAUGCUUUCUUUUCUUUUUUUCCCAUUUCCUUCUGCUGUGGUGGAUGUUCAUUUUAAACAUGACCAAAGUUUCAAAUCAUGAAGUCAGGGUAUAUAUAUAUAGUGACCACUGAGUCAGAAGUUCCUUUUCUUUUUCUAUUCGAGGGUCCUUAUGAUGUCAGAGAGGGGCGGAGAAGCCACACCCACCUGCUCUUCAAACCUGUUUGUAACACGGAUAAGGAAGCUGAGUGGGAGCUGCAUCGAGGCUGAGAAUAAGAAAAAGGGCAUUAUUUUUGAACUGUGAUUCAUGCAAAGCUACCGUCAAGUAAUAAAAAUAUGGAGAAUAGCAGAUUCCCUGCACAGUCUGUGUCCUGCAGCCAAUCAAAGAAAACGUUUACUUGAAGGUCCUUUUUUAACCAGUCAUGUCGUGUGUUGAGUUUAUUUUUUUUCUCCUACACACAGUGAGCUGUAAGCCAAAUCCUUGGUGCUCAGUCUGUCCCACAUCUAAAAGACGACUUUAAGUUUGCACUUUGAAAUCUUUGUGAGAGAAGUGUUGCUGGGAGAGUGAGAGCUCUCCUCCAGCCUUCCCUUUGCAGACACUUGGAUGUGUUCCUUGUGUUAAUGGCUGAGCAUUUCAAGCAGCAGCACCUUUAAUAUUUUCUUAUUGUCAUGUCUCAUUCCAGUAUGUCUUUGUAAAAAGUUCAACUUUUGCCAAAGAUCAUUUAUAUUUCUGCAUUUACGAAGCGACAGUAUGUGUGCCUUAACACUGGAUAAGAAAUGAUAAAUGUGCUCGUGAUGCUGAUUCUGUUUAAAGAUGACGGAGCGUGAAUUACGAGGCUGCAGGCUUUGUGGUUUCUGUCCUCCUGCCUGUCUUUUUGCACACGGUGCGUCUCUCUCUGCCCCGCUGUUGUCUGCGGUCUGCUCACUUUGUUUUGGCGCUUCUGUCAUUUGGGGCGUUGCACUUUGUGUGCCAGGCUGAAGCUCGAGUGUUGCUGCGUUCCUGCGUACCCACGGUCACACAGAAUAUCCGGGCGUAUUUCUUGUUUUUCUCUGUGUUUUUCUUUUGGUUGCUGCAGCUGUCGAACGUGAGCUUCACAUUUGUUUACGUUACAGUUUCACUCUCAACCCUCGAGUCCAGAGGACGCCGAUCAGCCACAACAUUAAAGCCAUUUUACAGUUAUUUCAAAGCUUGUGUCUGAAUGAUUCAGGACAGAUGUGGACGCAGUCCGAGAGAACGCGUCACUCCGCUUCAAAGAAAUGAUUUGGAAAGGCUCAAGGAACACAACAAGGAGCUAAACUGAGUGUGUUAAACUGGCCUUCCCAAAUCUCCGUCUGAUCCGGGCAUGGAGACCCAGCUGAACCAGAAGGAUCCACCUUGAGCUGCUGCAUCCAAGCUUCAGCCGGGCACAUCUGCUUUUUAUGUUGUGGUUGAUCGGUAUAUUGGAAGGUGUUGAUCACAAAGAUCUUGGGUUAAACACUGAAGAGCUGCAGCCUGUUACCAACUUAGAAAAGCUGUUUUAGGUUUUUAUUCAAAUUCCACAUUUUUAUCAGUUCGUGGGCCUUUGAG